AUGCAGGCAGCUCUUAUGAUAAGAGCAAAAUCUAGGGAGCGAAGAAAACAACGACUGAAGCGUGGUGUCAAAUAUGAAAUACCGAGCAACGUAGCAACGAAGUCUAUUGCACCUUUCCCGAGAUACCCACCUACUUCAUGGUGCGCCGCUGGGCGCGCGGCGUGGCAAGAGGCCGCGGCUCUCUCCGUGGGCGGCGGCGCAGGGGCCGCUGGGGGCGCAGCCCGACGUUGCUCGGUGCUCGGGGACCACCCGGGGGCCCGGCGAGACCCCCGCGCCAAGUGGCACAGGAACAACCGGGUGCGCGAUGCGUCAUACGGGUCUUCUUCGGAAUCGGACGGCGACGAAGCAAAUGGCGAGCCAUGGGGCGUCGCCCGGCUACUGUACGCUGGACUUGCGACACUUGCAGUGGGCCUGGUUGUGUAUUUCGUUGGGACAGGCGACAAGGGUUUCAAGACGCCAGCCUUGCGGCUGGUUGGUCCGUGUCUCAUCGUAGCAGGACUGGCCUGCUGCUUACUGCGUAUCAUGUUCUGUAUGUUCGCCAAGCCUUGCUGUCCGCGACGGAACAAUCACAAGGAGAACAGAAGACUGUCAGGUGGUGCAGAGGGAGAAGAGAUGCCUUUAGCUGGCGGAUGUCCCAGCACCCGAGCGGGGCCCGCGCAGUGUUCCCCCGCGAGGCGCCUCGACUCCUCGUGCGACGUGUCGAGCCUCUCCAGCGGCGAAGAGGACGAACGGCUGCGUCGAUAUCGCACCUCGAAUCAGCCGCAACCACAGCCGCAGCCGCAGACUGUCAUAGUUCAACAGGCAAACCCUCCACGCACAGCAGCGUCUGCGUUGUCAAGCGCAAACGCAGGCAAACGUCCGCCCCCACGCAAUGUGUCGUUCGCGGGCGGACCCGAUGGCGAGCUUGUACUAAGUCCCUCGCAACUACGCUCCUAA